AUGCCUCUCUUGAUCCUUGGUUUCUUUGCCCUCCAAAUAGAUCGCGGAAACAUCGGCAAUGCCAUGACGGAUUUUUUCAUGCAAGAAGUGGGAAUCACACAGUUUCAGUUCAACAUCGGCCAGCAGCUGCUGUCUACAGGCAUCGUGCUUCUCGAAAUUCCCAGCAACAUCAUCCUGUAUCGUGUUGGCCCAACCCUAUGGAUUGGCUGCCAGAUUCUUGCCUGGGGUGCAGUCGCUACCUUUCAAGCCUUUAUCAAGGGGAAGGGCUUGGGGCCAUAUCUGACGACCAGAUUGCUUCUUGGUCUCUGUGAAGCUGGUUUUAUUCCUGCCGGUCUUUACACCAUGACCCGGUGGUACAAGCGCAGUGAGAUUUCGAGGCGGUUCUCCUACUACUUCCUCGGCAACCUCUUUGCCGGCGCUUGCUCAGGUCUCAUUGCUUAUGGAAUUUUGCACAUGAGAGGUAUUGCCGGUCUCUCUGGGUGGCAAUGGCUGUUCCUUCUCGAAGGCCUCUUUACCAUUGUCGUCGGCCUCAUCUUCAUCGCCUUCUUCCCCCAGUCCCCAGCCAACCCAAGAUCCUUGAUCGCAGGCAAGAGCUUCCGCUACUUCACCGAGAGAGAGUCUGCGAUUCUGCAAGCACGCGUCUUCAAGGACGACCCGUCCAAGCUCCAGCCUAGACAACAUGUCAGCUGGGGUGAAGUGAAGGAUACUUUCACCAACUGGCGCAUCCUCCCUCACUUCCUCACCACCAUCCUCGGAAUGGCUUCCGCUCAUGCCCUGGGUGCCUAUGCCCCCACCCUCGUCAUCGGCUUCGGCUACGGCAGACUGCAGUCCAACGCCAUGAUGACAAUCGGCGCAUGGAUUCUCUUGGUCCUCAACCUCCUCUGGGGCUGGCUCGCGGAUAAGUACAGCAAGAGAGGGCUGAUGGUGUUCCUUGGUGUCUUGGGUCUCUGGGUCUUCCAGCUUGGAAACCGCCUCCUGAUCACCUCCCCUAAUAGAGACCUCCGGUUCGGUUUCUUGACUAUGGCUACUGCUUUUAUGGCCAAUUGGCACGCCGUCAACGGAGCCUGGCUCUCCCUCAACGCCAGAUCUGCCGGCGAGCGCUCCAUCACUAUGGCUAUCUUUGUCAUGGGCGCGAACAUUGCUGGUAUUGCUGGCUCGCAAAUCUUCCAAGCGCAUGAUGCGCCUGUUUAUAGGACUGGGUGGACGAUUAUUGUUGCGCUUUGCUCAGCUUCGCUUUUCAUGUCGAUCGUGGCGAAUGCGCAGUAUUGGUUGUUGAAUAAGUUUCAGAAGAGGGAGGGAGAGGAUAGGUACAAGUACUAG